AUGGAUAUCGACGACACCAAGACCCCUACGCCUGAUGGCACAGAGUCGCCUAUAUUCGAGCCUGAGGUGCCAACAGAGCUCUUGAUACCAGAUCUACCCGCUCUGGCAACGACCGACGCUACGGAGAUAAUCGAUCUAUCAUCGCUAACCAACGAAUCUACUGGAGAAGAACAACAUGCUUCGCCGUACAUCCAGAAGUUGAAGGUUCUUGAGGCCGAUGCCAAACAAGAGAUAUCCAGCUGGGAUCCCAAAUACCUAAGUCAAGAUCCGGAUGUUACUACGGCUGCAGCUGCAGCGGGGACCAAGCGAAAAGCUGCCGCAAUGGAAGAUGAACUAGAUAGUGAUCUCGAUGACGACGACUCCGACGAUGGCGACGAUCGAGUACCGGCUUACGACCCAGAUCAACAAAAUCGACCCAAAUUGCCGCUUUACCAUCCAGGCUUCAACCUUACAGAGUCUACUGCUACCAACAUACUGUCGACUAUCGGCCAGUAUAUCACCAAGUCGAUCCGCAGUGGGUAUGAUGAUGCAGAAGCGAAACACCUGCGCGAACAGAUUUUGCGAAACAACAAGAUUCCGUAUCAGGAAACAGUCCGCAUAUCUGUUGCUGGGGACACUGGCGCAGGGAAAUCGGCUUUGCUGAACGCUCUAUUGGGCGUGGUCAAUCUCAACGUCGAGAGUGACGGAGGAAGCGCUUGCACGUGCGUCAUUACAGAAUUCCAGCAAGCACCUCCGAGCCAGACGAAGGCUUACGCUGCCGAAGUUGAGUUCUUCGAUGUCACUAUCUGUAUAAAGAUGGUCACCGACCUUUUCACACAGUGGUACAACGCGAAGCAAAAGCAGCGGCAGGAUGCGGACGACCUGGACGACAAAGACCUAGAUCAGAUCAAGACAGCACGCGACUGCCUCCAACUUCUCUUCGCAGAUCGCUUAGAGUAUGGGACUAUGGAGAAGUUCCUAUCGACGGCCACAUCAGCCAAGGACCAGAAAGUCAUUAAGCAGCUAACUACUUGGACAACGAAGAUGCACCAAGAUUUCGUCAAACCAGGUCAAACGUCAGUUUGCUUCGAAUCUAGUACCCCGGAAAAUCUCAUUGAGAUGUAUCAACCGUUCACCAAAGAAGUUACAAACGCAAGCUUCCAAGGGAAGCCGUUGACAUGCUCACCUUGGCCUUUUGUCAGGAUCAACCGGGUCUUUUUGAAGUCACCGAUCCUUCAACAGAACGUUAUCAUUUCCGAUAUUCCCGGAGGUUCUGAUGUCAACUACUUCCGUAGAGAUACUGCAGAUCGCUAUUUGCAGAGCUGCCAUAUGACCAUAGUUGUCGCAAAGAUCGAUCGCAUUACGAACGACCUCUCCUUCCGCCAGAAGUACGUUGAUGCCUUCCGACGAAGGCGAAGCGGUAGUGUCAUCCUCGUCGGCACGAAGUCUGAUAUCAUGAACACUGAAAUCAACUCUACGCUGAAGAUGGACGUCGCCGCUGAAGACCAACUAGCUUCCAUCACAAACAAAGUUACCGAGAUCGAGAAAGACAUCCAAAACAUUGAUAACACCAUUCGACAUAACAUGAUCGACCGUAAUACCACGGCAAACAAGCCGUUGAAGAAACGCAAGAAGAAGCUCACCUCGCGCAAGAACGAUCUAGCUAAACAACGAAAAGACAUCCUCAUCGUGGCGCGCAACAAGGAGGUGACAGUAGCUAUGAGCGAAAACUAUCGCGAAGACACCGGCGAUGAUGCGAUCGCGGCCAUCUACUGCGUUUCGAACCUCAUGUACAUGCGUCAUCUCCGCGGGUACGACAAGACGGACCCGUUAUCUAUUCCGACCAUGACGCUCGAUCAGACACAGAUCCCAGCUCUCUGCUCCCACGUCUAUACUCUGUCUUCCCGUGGAAGGACUUCAGACCUAGACCAUUUCGUCAGGGUUACUGUUCCUACGCUGUUGAACAUCGUGCAGAUGUCAGUUAGCACAACCACGUUAGCAAGGGUGAACCAUCUUACUGGAAUUAUACAACGAGCUCGGAAGGACAUCGACGCAAGCAUUAAACGACUAGCUCUCAAAUUUCACAACACAGACAUCAAGCUACUCCACGAUCAGCUAGCUGAUCCUGCUUUGCAAACGAGAUUUGACAAGGAGGCAUUGAAGAAGCUCGUCGAGUGGGAAGACAUGAACGCUGCCAGCCAUAGGGCUGCAUGUCGAAAGAAAGGUAUCUACGUGCAAAAGAAGAAAUGCAUUGCGAUGGACUGGAAUGAGGACUUCAUGUGGCCUGUCCGACCAUAUAUCGACGUUGCAUUCCGAGUUAUCAUCGAUGAUUCAUGCGAGCUGUUCAAAGCCGAGGCAACCCAAGACAUCAAAGAGAUUAUAACUGCUCUGGACACCAAAUUGAAGAGCAAGACCAUGAAAUUGGCCCGCCAUCAGUACCUCCGAGAAGCCAUUCCCGGUCCUAUGGGUCCCUUUGCUCAGAUCGCCAGCUACGCAAAGGUCGAUGCCGAGAAAUCCAUCAAGCGUGCCGGUGACGAGCUUAAGAAGAAUUUGAACGAGAUGCUGCGAAACGUUCAAACGGAUUUCGAGCGUAUGAAGAACCGGAAGGACAACGAUACAGAGCAGGGCAAGGCGUUCCGAAAGCAGCUCCACGAGCUGGUCGAAGAGGCGCGGAGGAUUCUGAACGGGGUCACCCAGGAGAGUCUGGACUUGUGCAAGCAGUACAAGUGA